CCUGAAUCGGCGUUCAUAUAAAGUACCUUGCCCUCUAGAUCUUGUUGUUCCAUCCCCUUGCUCGCCCCUUAUCGCGGUACCAUGCAGGCAGAUACCCCAAUGUCGUCGGAACCAUCGACCAGCUCUAUUCAGUCAGGUAUCCGUCGUUCGUCGUUCUUCGUCGUCCAGCACAUAGCUGAGCUUACAGAUUCCACUUUGUAACGUCCAGGCAUCGUGCUACCUUCUCCUUCGAUGCAAAAUCAGAUUCACGAGCUCGCGAAGACUCUACCUCCGCCAAGGAAACAAAACACGGCCUGCGAUGCCUGUAGAGCUAGGAAAGUUAAGUGUCAUCGGCUGCCGGGCCAGGAGAAGUGUCAACAUUGUGUCUCCAAGAACUAUCCGUGCACUCAUUUCGUCCAGCAAGCCACCAGCGAGAAGAAGCGAACAUCCGCCCCCGGGCGACGGAAAUUAUCAUCUGCCAAUUCCAGUCCACCGUCUCCCAACCCUUUCAAGAAUGGUUCUCCCUCCAUAGAGAACGGCUCCCCCGGUCAUAUGCCAAUGUCGAGCACUUACAGAUAUAGUUUCUAUCCGCCUGUGACUAUGAACUCGUCUACGCGUGAGGUCCUUGCAUAUCUGUUCUCACCGCCGGAAAUCGGAAAUGAUCCGACAUCCUUUACGCAAAUCAGAGUUUCGCCUUAUUUCCUCUGGGGAGAACAAGCGUCAAAACUCGAAGAAGAAGCCUUCAGAGUCGAGUUCGCUCUCGACCUCGUGGAAGUUUUUUUUCAGAUCGUUCACACUCGGCUGCCCCUGCUUAAUCCCGAGCAGUUUCGUAACAGUCUACGAUUGCUUCCAUCCCAUGCGGCAAAGGCUACCAAGCAUCUGCAUCCUGCCUUGGUGGCCACCGUCAUUUCGUGGGGCGCUAAAUUUUCUGAGCAUCCCUUACUCGUCGCCGAUCGCCGACGUAAUAACAACCUCAGUGCUUUGGCGAAGACUCUCAUACUACGGACCCGCGAACUUGCUGAAGCUCUGAAGGUACAUCGUAUGCCGAAGGAUGACCAUGUAGUGAUUGGACUGUUGAUCGAACCACUCCAAAGUCAAACUCCUGAUGACCAGACAGGCUAUCACGGGUUCUGGCUGGGCUCAGCGACAAGGCAUCUUAUGGAUCUCGGGAUUAAUCACAAAUCAGUCAUAUCGUCCGCUAAUCGCGACACGGAAGAGCGUGGAACCAUGAUAUUUGCCUGGUGGAUGGCAUGUAUAUGUGAUGCUUACGCUUCGCUGUACUACCGUCACAAACCGAUUCUCGAUGAUGACGAUUACGACAUUGACUUCUAUACCGUCGAUCCCAUUAAUCCCGACGGUCAUGACGGAACAACUCCCUCGCCAAGAGAACAAUUAGAGUUUUUGGGAUACUACCGAGCAGCUCACGCUCUUGCACGAACAGCGCGGCAGAUGUCCAGGCAACUCUGGAAACCUGCGACCGAAGCCGAUGGACUGCCCUUCGAGAUCCUAUACACGUUUUUCAAAGCCCUUACUGAGUGGCGCGAUGACUAUCUCCGUGCAGUAGGCGUUCCCAGCAAUGAGAACCAGACGUGGGACUUUGUUACCGCGGUGUCUUCUUGUGCCAGCGAUGCGCAGUACCAUGUGAUGUGGAUCAUUCUUUUCAAUGCGCUAGAUGAAGUUGGGGUAAAGGAGAUAAACGAGACCACACGGCUUGGUGUCGAUCCGAAGUUCACGCCUGACUUCGCACAAAUGGAUUCAGUGAUGCGAAAAAUUGCGGACGAAGCUCUACAUGGAGCUUGCCGGAUAUCUGCGCUGGCAGCGGUGUUGACGAGUAACCAGUACCUGCGACUUGACCCGGCGGUGAUGCAUGUCAGUUGUAUCCAAGCUGGAACUCUUCUCGCACGUCUAGGACGGCCAGAGGCGAUCAAUUGCAUCAAUGGCUUAGAGCAGUACAGCCUGGCUUAUGAAGAAGCUGGCGAUCAUGCCAGUGAGAUCCGGCGCAUAUAUCGAACUGGAGAGAGUGACUUCAACCAUAUGAACUCGGUUGCUCCCAGAGUCGUUCUCGAAACAGGGUCGCCAGGGUCACGCCGUGACGAUAUGCAGAUUGACGAGCGAUGAAAGGAGAAGGAAGAAAACACUCCCCGCUCAAGGUAUGAAGGCACCAAGUAACGGGGCUAAUGGUAGUUUUGAUAACUGGACACCUUAUUUAUCAUCCUAUGCGUAUCGGUAGUAGCAGUACUGUAAGGUAAGGUCUUGUACUGUAUAGACAGUUGUAUUCACUCGCUUCAAUUUGUUCCCGCUCGUCCCGCUCAGCAUCCGCGGAAGCAGAUCCAGUCCGGCAACU